AUGGCUUCCCCCUACGACAUCCAGACGUACCUCCUUGACCGGGCCAAUAUCCAUGACACAGUGACACGGCUAACUUUCAACUGCGACCGAAAGUCGACAGACGGCCUCAUCAAAGACGUAUACGCUCCCCAAGUCGCCCUCGACUACACUUCCGUGUUUGGCGGUCAACCAUUUGAGACGACUAAGGAGGAGUGGGCCAAGACUAUUACUUCGGCGGCAGCCAGCUUUGACAAGUGCCAGCAUAUAGUUACGGGUCUCAUCAUAGAACUCCCACAACCCUUCAACAAUGCUACCAGGCCUGACAAGUGCCGGGUUUUCGCCAACGCAACCGGCCACAUGGUUCGUCAGGCAGCGAGAGGCGGGCCUAUAAUGCAUGACGGCGCUCAAUUUGACCUCGAUGUCAUUAGAAUUCGAGAGCUGGAGCAAAAAGGGGAGAACCCCUGGCGAAUCAGCAAGCAGGUCGUUGAGAUCUUUUGGGAGCAAGGCAAUAGGGAUGUCAUCGUGGACAAAGUUGCGGAUAUUGGAAAUUAA